UGCAGAUCUCCGCGGGUGAGCCGUGCCGGUCAGGGAUGUGAGCUGCCUGGAGAUGGAUGAAAUUGCUGACCCGGUGAGGAUGGAAGCCAGAGAUGCGGCGUUGACUAACCACAGUUCCAUGUUCAAAGCUUUCCCUCCGCAAUCAAGAGCGAGCCUGCGGGAUCAGCUUUUGCAGUCGGACAGCAAGUUCUUACCAAACAAGAUUGGCAAUUUCACUUGUCCUGCUGGAAAUGCAUCAUGCACCCUCAAUUACAGCCCAGAAGUUCCAUGUCCUGAGACCUUCCAGGCACCAGGAGAACCUCGAGCAUUUGGCUCAAGCGCGAAUGGGCAGUGGAGGGGUCUGGUUCCCACUCUAGGUUCUGUGUUGCAGAAGCCUCGAGUGAGUCGAGGCUCUUAUCUCGAAUCACGCAAAAACCCCAGUGGGACAUCCAACAGUUUUGUAGGAAAGUCAAACCAUCAUUGCCAUGCAUCAGCAUUUCCAAUCAAACCUGCUCAAAGUCCUUCCUGGAGCGGUCCGUGUCGCCGUAGCCUGCUCAGCCCUAAGAAAACUCCAAGGCGAUUCGUCAGCACGGCUGAAGAGACUGUUCGAGAGGAAGAGCGAGAGAUCUACAGGCAAUUACUUCAGAUGGUCACAGGAAAACAGUUCUCCACGUCCAAACCCUCCUCGCUCUUCCCCUUCCAUCUGUCCAGGUGUUCAAAUUCCAGUAAAACCUUAGUGAAAGAAACUCCCAGCCAGAAUUCAAAGCUGUUUGAAGCUCACAACAUUGCACCAGCCAGUUCAGCCACCAGCACUCUCAGAGCACAGGAGCAGCCAUCCCACAAACCAUCGCUCUACUCUGCAUCCAACUAUCCCUCCAAUACCUUUGAGUCCAGUAACUCCAGAGCCCAGCAUCACCAAGAAAAUCUACCAGCAUCUAACACACAGUCUGAAGGGUCAGACUCUGUCAUUUUACUCAAGGUAAAGGAUUCUAGAACUCCAGCUCCAAGCCUCCCAUUCUUCCAGGCAGAACUGUGGAUCAAAGAAUUGACCAGCGUCUACGAUUCACGAGCUCGGGAGAGGUGGCGUCAAAUCGAAGAGCAGAAAGCACUGGCCUUACAGCUGCAAAGCCAGCGACUGCAGGAACAGGAGCACUCGGUGCAGGAUCUGGUGGAUUUAAAUCUUCGCGUUCCCCUUGAGAAGGAAAUCCCUGUCACAGUGGUCCCAGAAGAAAAAGAAGAUGCUAAAUCAGCUGAUGGUGAAGAGGAAUUCCCUGAAAUCACUGAGGAAAUGGAAAAAGAAAUAAAGAAUGUAUUUCGAGGUGGGAACCAGGAUGAGAUCCUCAGUGAAGCUUUUCGGUUAACAAUCACUCGGAAAGAUAUUCAGACCCUCAAUAAUCUGAACUGGCUCAACGAUGAGAUAAUUAAUUUCUACAUGAACUUGCUGAUGGAGCGGAGCAAAGAGAAGGGUUUGCCGACAGUUCAUGCGUUCAAUACCUUCUUCUUCACCAAAUUAAAAACUGCGGGGUACCAAGCAGUGAAACGAUGGACUAAAAAAGUGGAUAUCUUCUCAGUGGACCUCCUCUUGGUGCCUAUUCAUCUGGGAGUGCACUGGUGCCUAGCAGUUGUAGACUUCAGGAAGAAAACCAUCACCUAUUAUGACUCUAUGGGUGGAAUAAACAGCGAAGCCUGCAGGAUACUGUUGCAAUACUUAAAACAGGAAAGUCUUGACAAGAAAAGGAAAGAAUUCGAUACUAAUGGCUGGUCGUUGCUGAGUAAGAAGAGUCAGGAGAUCCCACAGCAGAUGAACGGCAGUGACUGCGGGAUGUUUGCCUGCAAAUACGCUGACUGCAUUACCAAAGACAAGCCCAUCAACUUCACUCAGCAACACAUGCCCUAUUUCCGAAAGCGAAUGGCCUGGGAAAUCCUUCACCGCAAGCUGUUAUGAUGUUGUUGUGCCGAAAGCUGGUUCCUUGAGAGAUUGUAUCAGAAGUGCCCAGAUUUGCCCUGCUCAGCAGCCUGAGCUGUGACAGGCAUGGACCCACACAGGGGUUCAGUCAAAGAAAUCGCAAAUGAACUCUGUAUGAUAUUUUUGAUAAAACAUCCUUCAUGGACCAAUGCGCAACGGAAAUGUUCAGAAGCACACUUACCUUUUUUUUUGUUUUUUAUUAUUUCAAAACCUAUUUUUACAAGCAACUUCAGGUGCUGAGACUCGAGGGGGCUGCUUUGGACUUUCGAGGAACUUUAUUUUUCUGCUUUUUUCAGCUCUUGCUGUCGGCUUUGCUGAGCUGAUGGCAUGACUCUUUUGCAGGGAGGGCUGGAUUUCAGGGGAAGGGGAAGGCACUUACACAGUUCUGGAUGCUCUGAGCACUGGAAGAGCUCUGCUCCCCACCAAGGGGGCUUGUUAGCUGGGUGGGGGAAGGCUAAAGGUUAUUUGGGGAUGGAUGUAGGGAGGGUUUUCCCUUAGAGGUGGCCCCGUUUAAAAAACCAGCAUGUAGCAAGCAGCUGCUCUUGGAUUGCCAGCAGAUGGUUGGGCCAGCAGUUGUGUGGUAGGAACUGGAGAGGAGGAUGCAAACCCUUUUAAGAAAUGGCUAGGAAAAAUGAUUCUGAUGAGCAAUGUUGGCUUUUUGAUGGAUCCUCUACAGUUGACUCCUGUCUUAUCUGCCCUCUGUCCUCAAGCCAGCAUUUUUCUUACUUAUCACAAACUCUACCUGCUGUAACCUAUCCUAAGAUUAUUACCUACUUGUUGCUUGUGCCCUUGGUACUUAGGACAGACUAGACGUGGCUGCGGGCUUCCUCUGAAGAGCCACUGUCGGGCAGGGAGGCAGGUAGGGUGUCUCACAAGCGUGUUAAGCAGGACCUGGGUGAUCUGUGAAGGUAACUUGUUUGCCGUUUCUGCAGAGUCGCUUUUCUGCCCGAGGAAUUUAUUAUCUCCCAGUUCUUUAGCAUCAAGCGUUUAUGGAAUUCAGGUACAAAUUUGACCUAUUGUAGCGUAGAAUCAAUGCAUCGAUGGAUUGUUUUGUAUAUAUUUUCAAAUGUUUUCCAGAGCGACAAAGAACAAAGUUUGGAGUGUGCGUUUUUCUGCCCUUGCUUUACCUCCUAGCAAGAGAUGAGGCUGUGGAUUCUUCCCACCUUUGUCCUUGUGCAGCUGACCCCAGCUGAGCAGAAUGAGUGUAAAUCGCUCCAUGUCAUACCCUCUCUCCAUGAUAUUUUGCACAUGUUUUGCCUGGGGAUGAAUGCUGACACGAGGUCAAAGGUUGCAUUGAAUCCAGGCGUCAUAUUCAAGUUCAGAAGUGCUUCCAAAGGUAUCUCUAAAUACAUUCAGUGUGUGACUCCCGGGAGCCUUGAGGACUAGUGAUCUGGGUCUCGUUCAGUCAGUGGGGAAAAGUAAAAUAUUCAAAAGCACUUAAAACCUUCCAGAAGUGGGAUUUUUAGGCCCCCAGGAUGCCUCGAUGCUUUUGAACAUUUUACCCUGAGCACCUAAUUCCUCUAGGCUCUCUGGGCAGUCUUGGAUCAGGCUUUGCUGAUGCUUUCAACUGUUUUAAUUUAUUCUCAAAUGAGGUUUGGGAGGAAGUGGUGAGUGUUUGACAAGUUUCCCAAGCCGCUGAACCUGGUUCUUUUCUCUAGUGUACAUAACCUUUUUAAGUAUAAGUAAAGAAUUAAAUAAUGUCCACUUUUGUAUUUUUGUCUCCAGAUAGGGAGUAAUAUUUUAUACAUUUUUCUGUACCUGUAAGCAGUAGUUUUGUACAAGAUUUCUGCCUUUGCCCCUUGUUCCUACCAGGUUGUGUUCUUUGUAGGCUGGUUUGUGUAUCCCUCCCUCCCUCUCCUGUCUGUUUGUUUUAUACCAAGCUGAUUUACUAUCUUUUUCUAUCUUUUACUGCAAGU